GCGUAACGUAUCGUCUCUCUCACUCCAUAUGUUUUUUCAUAGUUUUCACAGUUGACCUAUCCAGUGCGAGUGUCCAAAAAACGGCACAAUGUUUACGAAUAGUAUAGAAGAACGCUCUGAAGUGUAAAGGUUGAUUUGUGAAACGUCAGGUUGUGUUCCUAGGCCUCUGUUCGUUAUUUCGUCUCUUCUUUAAGAAGCAAAAAAAAAGAAAAGAAAAAGGAGACACCUUUAUCGAUUUUGUGAGGGUAAGAUCCAGUGAUUGCAUCAGCUUCAACAAUUUUAAAAAAUACCCAGUUUGUUCGUUGGAGCUUUGAGACUUUGUAACUAGGAGAUAAGGACAAGUCUCAUGAGACAUGACUUCUUCAGUGCAUGAGCUCUCUGAUAACAAUGAAAGUCAUAAGAAGCAAGAACGUCCAGAUUCUCAAACCCCACCACCGGUUCCUUCAGGACCAUGUUCAGAUACUAGCUCCGUCUACUCAGAGCCGAUGGCGCAUGGGCUCUACCCGUAUCCAGAUCCUUACUACAGAAGCGUCUUUGCGCAGCAAGCCUAUCUUCCACAUCCAUAUCCUGGUGUUCAAAUGCAGUUAAUGGGAAUGCAGCAACAAGUGGUUCCAUUACAAUGUGAUGCAAUCGAAGAACCUGUUUUUGUUAACGCAAAGCAGUACCACGGUAUACUAAGGCGUAGGCAAUCCAGGGCAAAACUUGAGGCAAGAAACAGAGCUAUCAAGUCAAAGAAGCCAUAUAUGCAUGAAUCUCGUCAUUUGCAUGCGAUAAACCGACCAAGAGGAUGUGGAGGCAGGUUUCUCAAUGCUAAGAAGAAGAAUGGAGACCGUACGAAGGAGGAAACCUCUGAUGAGAACACUUCAGAAGCAAGUUCCAGCCUCAUGUCUGAGAAAUCAGCUGUGGCCCCUAAUUGAGUAAAAAGUUCAUGCACAACCACAAGUUUAGUUUAUAUUUUGGGUGGAUGUUUGUAUCAGUGCAAUAUUGUUUUUGGACACUCUCUGUCGACUGUGUAUAGGUUUAUUAUUGCUUGGAGCAGAUAGGGAGGUCGUUUUGUUUUAGUGAUUAGAAAUAAAACUGAGCAAGGAGAUGGAAGUGGUUGAAUGUAUUGUUUGUAUCAAAAUGAUCUUUGCCAAUGAAUUGAUGUUUUGGGAACUUAACCAAUGUUAUUAGCUUUG